AUUUGAAGAUCGUCUUCCAAAACCCCUAAUAAACCCUAACCCAUUUUUUCUCAGGCAGUUGCCACCGCUCAACUCAAUUUACUUGGUUCCGCCGCCGUAAUGGAAGACGACGCCGCCCUUGAAGCACCACAGUCAUUCGUCGCAGAGGCUGACAUAUGCCAACAGCUUCUAACCCGCUACGCUCGCUCCUCAGCUGCGCAGCACCGCCACCUCUGCGCCACCGCCGCCGCCACCCGCUCCAUCAUUCAGUCAGCUUCUAUGCCCCUUACGCCGAUAUCAUACUUCGCUGCUGCAAUCACUUCUCUCUCCAAUUAUGAGAACUUAGACGCCGAUGCUCUCGGUGCAGUCACUUCUUUCAUUUCAAUUGUGCUUCCUUUGGUCGGUAAAGGCGAAAUCAAGCCAGAGAAAGCGCACGAGGCCGUGGAGGUUUUGGUGACAUUAGUUGAGGAGAGUGGUGGUAAAUUGGGAACUUCUGGUCUCAGGGCUGUAGUGAAGUGUGUGGGUGUUUUGGUUGCGGAAUUCUGCAAUUUGAAGGAGUGGGGCUCGGUUGGGCUAGGGUUCGAGUGGCUUUUGAGGUUCUCGAUUGAUAAGCGGCCUAAGGUAAGGAAAUCUGCUCAGGAUUGUCUCUUGAAAGUUUUCAAGUUGUUGGAGCACUCUUCUAUCUCCAAGAAGGCGAGUAAAUCAAUUUACUCGUUGCUCAAACGUCACAUGCCAUCGGCCGCAGAAACUAGCAAUUCAAAAAUAGUUGAUGGAAACAGGCAUGAGUUAAUAUCGAGGUCUGAGCACCAAGAAGUUCUUCAUUUACUGAACAUAAUGAAGCAUGUUAUUCCAGAUCUCUCACCCAAGGUCCGCGAGAAGGUGCUUUCAAUAUUGUUGAAGAUCCCGAGUUCCCAAUCCAUGGUAGCGGCAAGGCAUGUCUUCGAUGUCAUGGCAGCUAUAUUUGAAACUUCAGAAACUAAAGUUAUAAUCUCGAAUGCUGAAGACAUCUUUAGGCUACUGACCUCUUACAUAGCUCUGGGUGAAAAGAACCCAGCUGAGAGCGUGUUGUUUGCUGCAAAUUUGGCAAAAACUGUUCUAGGAAGACUUCACAAUGGUGAUACAGAUCAAUGGGAGUCCGUUUUCCCUAUGUUGAUUGAAGCUUUAGCAGGUCUUUUAUCUUCCCCCAGAGAUAAUGUGGCUUUACAGGCUUCACUCAUUGUCAGAGAACUGAUGGAUCAGCAUAUUGAUGGAAAACGUUUGCUAACAAUGGAAAACAAAGAAAAGGGUGAUGAUACAACUCACAGUGCAGAGUUUAAAUCAGUACAAGCUGGAUGCACCAAAUUCUACAAUUUGCUGUGUUCUUCAUCUCCAAUUCUAAACAAACACUUAUUGUCUGUAGUUUCUUCUCUGUUCCUCAAACUUGGUAAGAUGUCAGAUAUCUAUAUGAGGCCUAUACUUCUUAAACUCGCUGAUUUGAUGAAUACUACUUCUGUUAGUACUUCAGAAGUUAAACACCUCGAAGACUGCAUCGGCUCUGCUGUUGUUGCCAUGGGACCAGAGAUAUUACUCUCUCUUAUACCAAUUUCCCUCAAUACAAAAGAUUUUUCCUGUUCAAAUAUUUGGCUGAUACCAAUUUUAAAGAAAAAUAUUGUUGGAUCGUCACUACAAUUCUUUAUAGAGCACAUCAUACCUCUGGCUGAAUCCUUUGAGAAGGGAUCUAAUAAAGUUAAAAAUCUAGUAAUUGGCCAAGAUCUGCAGGCUUAUGCCCAUGGGUGUUGGGGUUUGUUGCCUGUGUUUUGCCACUGGCCUAUUGAUACAUAUCAGAGUUUUCCCUCACUUUCUGAACUCUUAAUCCCCUUUCUCAAGAAGGACUCAUUCAUGAUUGAGAAUAUUGCCGUCAGUUUGCAGGAACUAGUAAAUGAAAAUAGAAGAGUGCUUGCCUCUGAUAAUGUUGGGCCUGCACAGUUGACUGAUGUUCACAAUUCAGGAAGUGUUAACGCUGCAAUAGAUUAUGAAAUAAGACAUGUCUACUCCAAAAAGAUGGCGAGCAAGAAUAUUAAGGCCUUGUCUUUGGGCGCCAAAGAGUUGCUUUUGCCUCUAGUUGAUGUGCUAUUUGAGUGCACUCCAGAGACUCGGGAACAUCUACAGGGAGCAAUCAGCUGCUUGGUAUCCAUAUGUGAUCCUUCGGUAACCAAAGACAUAUUUAUUGCUUCACUUAAGAAGUUAAAGCUACUGGAUGAUGCUGGUGAACAUGGAAAAUUAGAAAUCAUUGCUGAUGUUACAUCCAAAGAAAAAGAGAGUGCUGGUACUGAUGUAGACAGGUGUUUAAUACUGGACCUUGCAUCUUGCAUAGUUGAGGGAUGUGAUACUGAUCUAGUUAAUAUACUAUUUUCUCUUAUUAAGCAUUAUCUGCAGGCAAGUGAUGUGGUCAGUCCGAUGGAAGCAUAUCAAACUCUCAGCAAAAUUCUUGAGAAACAUUCUUCAUUCUGCUCUACAGAAUUUGAUGUGGUGAUGGAUUUGUUGGCUGGAAUGAAGCCUUCAGAAAACAUUGAAUUGGUUAAAAGCCGUUUUGCCUGUUUGCAGACCUUGCUAAUUCAUGCAUUAUCGAAAAACCCGGAUGAGGAGAAUACAAAGGCAUUCCUUAUCCUGAAUGAGAUCAUUCUCAUGUUAAAAGAUUCCAGGGAAGAAGGCAGAAAGGCAGCUUAUGAUGCUUUACAUGGAUUAAGUUCCAAGUUGAGAAGUUCAACUGAUUCUUCUUCAAAAGAGCUCUAUCACAAACUUAUAACUAUGAUUGCAGGGUAUCUUUCAGGUUCUUCUCCUCAUAUAAAGAGUGGUGUGGUAUCUGCACUCUCGGUUUUAGUUUACAGUGAUCCCGAUAUCUGUGUUACAAUGCCUGAUAUUUUCCCCUCGGUUAUGGAAUUGUUACACAGCAAAGCAAUUGAGGUUAUAAAAGCUGUUUUAGGCUUCGUAAAGGUGUUAGUUUCAUCGCUUACUCCAAAUGAUCUGCACCAUUCUCUUUCUGAAAUCAUGGAUGGAAUUCUUCGUUGGUCAUCUGUCUCACGCUAUCAUUUUAAAGAAAAGAUAAUUGUGAUCUUGGAGAUUUUAAUGAGGAAGUGUGGUUGUGCCAAUGUGAAGGCCCUUGCACCUGAAAAAUACAAGGACUUUGUGCAGGGUGUUGUAGAGAAUCGUCAUGGCAAGAACAGGCCGGAACCUUCUGAUAAGUCUCUUAAGGGGCAGGAGAAAAGGAAACGAGAUGAAUCUGCCAUCUCGUCCAAGGAAGAAGGAUACACUGGGCGACCUUGGAAGAAAAGGGACAACCAAAAGAACAAUGGAAAUUCCUCACAGAGCACUGGGCACUCUGAUCGCACCAAUUUCAGAAAGGGCGAGUCGAACAGACCUCAAGAUGGUGGUGCAAAACGGUUCACGGGGAAGCCCUCCGGUGGAGAGAAGAAGCAGAAAGGGAGGUCAGCGUUUAAGAGCAAUGAACGCAACCUUCAUGCUGCUGCUUCUAGGAAUCCAAAACACACAAAAUCAGCAAGAAAGAACUGAGGAUCAACUGUGCUCGGAGAGGGGGAAUGGGCAAAAUCAGCCAUGGGCAGAACAACAGGAAGCACAGAAAAUGAGUUGACAGGCGAAAAUCUGCAAUGGGUUGAUAGAGAAAAUUCUCGGACGAGGGCUAUGUAGGUGAGAGAGCUAUGACAUCUAGGGUUUUGUUGAGGCUUUUUUAUAGCAUUUGGUUCUGCAGCAUUUUGAUGGGGGGCUGUAGGCUGUAGUUGAGGAAAAAAGAUUAUGUAUAGAGAUAUAUAGAUAUACGUCUCACUCUCAUUACAUAGUUUUUAUGUUGUUACCGUUAACUAUAAUACAUGAUUUUAUUUUAGUCA